GGCCGGAGCCCGGGGUGCCCUCCCGCCCGACGUCGUCCUCGCUCGGUCCACUAUGAAGGCGUUAACGCUAGUGCUUUUGUGCUGGUGCGCAGCAGUAUCUGCAGCUCAGGACACCCCUAACCGGCUGGUCUGCUACUACACCAGCUGGGGACGGUAUCGGACGUCCAUCGCCAAGUUCACACCAGAAAACAUCAUCCCGCACCUCUGCACCCAUCUGCACUACGCAGUGGUCAACACCAACGAUGAACAGGAAUUGGGCCCGGCCGAUAAGUUCUCCGAUAUUGACCAGCAGGGGUACGAGCACAUGGUGGCCCUGAAGGCAGCUAAUCCGGCUCUGAAGCUACUGAUGAUGUUAGGCGGAUCUAAAGUGCUGCAGCAAAACGCCUUUGUGGAGUUGGCUAGCGAUGAAGCCAAGACCAAACGCUUUGUAAAGGAAGCGAUAAAGUACAUCAGAAGGCAUAGAUUUGACGGCAUUGACAUUGACUGGAAGGCGGAGGGGAAAAAAGAACAGCACGCUAAGCUCAUGGAAGCUCUGGCUGCUGGUUUCAUGGAGGAAGCCAAAGAAUCAGGCAUGGAUAGGCUGCUUCUGACAACCACAAUUCCGGCCAGCUUUAUCAAGAUACAAAACGACUUUGACAUCGGUCGCGUUUCCAAAGCUGUCGACUACAUGACCGCGCUACUGUACACCUUUCAUGGGGGUUCUGAGAAUCAAACGGCGCACCACGCUGCAUUGCACGCUACCGAUCCCAACACUACAAACUAUGCAGACUUUGUCAUUCAGAUGUUGAAGGAGGCCGGCGCAGACCCAGCUCGCUUAGUAAUGGCCGUGCCUACUUUUGGAAUCUCAUUCACUCUCGUAGAUGCCGAACGUCGAGGCUUCGGAGCUCCAGCGAAGGAUGCAGGUUACGCCGGCAAGUACACCAAGCUGGCGGGUACUCUGUCCUUCACUGAGAUUUGCGAACACAUCAGCAUGGACGGCUGGCAGGCGUUCCGCCCGCGACCGGACGCAGUUGGCCCUUAUGCCGUCAAAGGUGAUCAGUGGGUGGCCUACGACGAUGAGGUCAUGAUGCGAAGAAAGGGCGUCUACAUACGUGAGCAGGGUUUGGGCGGAGCGGCAGUGUGGACGCUCGCCCAGGACGACUUCCGUGGAGUGUGCACUGGUCAGCCGUAUCCUCUGAUUGAAGCCUUGAAGGAGGGUCUGUUUAGCGGUGUCAUGGUGCCGCCGACCACGCCCAGCCCGCCCCCCACGCCCGUCUACGACAACACCCCGGUGUUCACGUGCCCAGCAGACGGUAAGUUCGCAAAGAUGGACAACUGCACAGAGUUUUAUGUCUGUCGCAAAGGGCUGCUCGAAGUGUUGCCCUGCGGAGACGAUCAGAAGUACGAUGCUCAGCUGGGUGUUUGCGACGAAGACGCUCCGUGUGUGCAACAACCUCUCGUUGGCGUCACCGCCUUUGCUCCAACACCGUCUCCUUCCACAUCCCGUCCUUUAAGACCAAUGGGGCAAACGGCAGCUGGCGCACAGAUGCCGCCGACGGCCAAACCUAACGUCGCGACAUUCCCCGCACCGUUCGCGGGACUACGAACCACGCGUCCGCCCGCGGCGCCAUCAACCCCACUGGACUCGGUGGUGGUGCUUUCCGCAUCAACGCCACCGCCCGCGAUCGAGACCAUGGUCGACAAGGACAUCACUGACGCGGAAGAGCUGCGGCAGCUGCUGGCGCUGGUCCAGCAGCUGGGCGGCGUGAGAAGCGUGCGGAGGCUACUGGCGGCGGUGGACGGUCCGAAGCGCGGUGCUGCACAGCCUGCCGCUCAGACAACUGUCACGGAGGUCGGCGGCGACCAGCGGGCCAAGGUGCACGUGAUCGUAGAAGUGAGGUCAUUCUGAUUUUGUUGGGCGCGUGCCGACAUGUGGACGUCAUUGGAGGCUGAUCAGGCAUGGUUCGUUGUUCGCAGUUUGAAAAUGUGGCUGCGAACAGCAAUGUUCUCUUAGAAGCCGUCAUGAAUGCACGUAAUGCAUGAAUGCAUGAAUGCGCUUAAUUCUAUGCAUUUUCAAAACCC